AAUUAUAUAUGAUACAUAUAAAUCCAACAGAAAGAAAAAAAAAAGACAUGAAAACCGAUAGUAUAGCUUUUUGAUCACCAGGGGACAAGUAGUAUAGGAUUUGAAGAACAAAUUUGAGAAUGUUUGGUAAAUUGUUUGGCAAAAACAAACCCUCGAGAAAAGAAGCACAUACACUUGCAACUAUAGAAAAGUUAAACGAGACACUUGUGGAGCUAGAGAAGAAAGAGAAUGCACUUUUAAAGAAAGUUGCUCUAGAGCUUCAGAAAGCAAAGGAUUAUGUUAAAGCAAAUAACAAAAGAGCGGCAAAAAGAUGUCUAACACGAAAGAAAGCUUAUGAAAAUCAAUUAGAACAGCUUGGAAAUUUUCAGUUGCGGAUUCAUGAUCAGAUGAUAAUGAUAGAGGGUUCUAAAGCUACCACUGAUACGGUGGUUGCUUUAAGAACAGGAGCUCAAGCAAUGAAGGCAAUGCAGAAGGAAGUGAAAAUUGUUGAUGUUGACAAAACAAUGGACGAAAUCAAUGAGCAAACCGAGAGCAUGAAACAAAUCCAGGAAGCAUUGGCAACACCUCUUGGUACAGCCGCUGACUUUGAUGAGGAUGAAUUGGAGGCUGAACUUGAAGAAUUACAAGGACUGGAGCUGGAGGAUAAACUUCUCCAGCCUGCCACUAAGGCCCAUGAAAGUGCAUUUCAUGCACCAGCUGGCAAACAGCCAGCACGUCGACAGACCUCACCUGACGAAGAUGAAAUUGCUGCAUUGCAGGCAGAACUGGCAAUAUAAACAGUUUCGACUUCCAGUUGGAUAACGUUCAAGCUCGUGAAGUACGUACAGAUUACUGUCAAACAGACUUGUUACAUAUUCUUCUUUUCUGUUUCUACAUAUAAUAAUUUGUUGGCGUGGUAUGUUGAACAUUAAUUAUGAGUUGCU